GUGUACCUACGCCUGAGUGGACUUCAAUGAUUGGAUGGAGUCGUUGGACUCUUGACUUGCUCGGAGAUGUCAGCGCACGCCCGCCAGUUGCUGAUGCUGAAGUGCUGACUGCCAUCUUCCCACUUCAACUAUUACAACUCCGCAUAGAAGUGUUCCUGGAUUAGGGCGGACUUGCCACAAAGCGCCCACGCCACUCCAGCUGCUCUACCAAACAACACUUGAAGGAGGGGUGUGACGUGACGGGGGGCCAACACACCCGGGCCAGAGCAACUCCUCGGAGGCCAGGGACCGGUCCAUCGGAGAGAGGCGGCACCAGUCAGGCGGGGGAUCUUUGGUCCGCAAGGAUGGAGGAGAAGCAGAUUGCCGGCGUCCUGAACGGGGCGGUUCCAGGCGAGUCGGUGAAGAAGGACGAGAACUCCCGGAGAGGAAACUGGGGCAACCAGAUCGAGUUUGUCCUCACCAGUGUGGGCUACGCUGUGGGCCUGGGCAACGUCUGGAGGUUCCCUUACCUCUGCUACAGAAAUGGAGGAGGUGCCUUUAUGCUCCCGUAUUUCAUCAUGUUGGUCUUCUGCGGCAUUCCACUCUUCUUCCUGGAGUUGUCCUUUGGACAGUUCGCCAGCCAGGGCUGCCUGGGGGUCUGGAAGAUCAGUCCCAUGUUCAAAGGUGUGGGCUACGGCAUGAUGGUGGUGUCCACCUACAUCGGGAUCUACUACAACGUGGUCAUUUGCAUCGCCUUCUACUACUUCUUCACCUCCAUGACCAGCCUGCUGCCGUGGACGUACUGCAACAACCCCUGGAACACGCCCGACUGCAGCGGCGUGGUCGACCAGCUGAACGGCACGCUGGCCAACGUCACCCUCCGCGCCGCCGCCGAGGUCGGCGAGGUGGUCAACCGCACCAAGCGGACAAGCCCCAGCGAGGAAUACUGGAAACAUUACGUGUUGGACAUCUCUGACGACAUCGGCAACUUUGGGGAAGUGCGCCUCCCCAUCCUGGGCUGCCUGGCCGUGUCCUGGGUGGUGGUCUUCCUCUGCCUCAUCCGGGGCGUCAAGUCCUCUGGAAAGGUGGUCUACUUCACCGCCACUUUCCCCUACGUGGUCUUGACCAUCCUGUUCAUCCGCGGCAUUACCCUGGACGGCGCCAUCAACGGCAUCAAGUACUACCUGACUCCGCAGUGGCAGAAGGUCCUUGAUGCCAAGGUGUGGGGCGAUGCUGCCUCACAGAUUUUCUACUCCCUGGGCUGUGCUUGGGGCGGCCUCAUUACCAUGGCUUCCUACAACAAGUUCCACAACAAUUGUUUCAGAGACAGCAUCAUCAUCAGCAUCACCAACUGUGCCACCAGCGUCUACGCCGGCUUUGUCAUCUUCUCCAUCCUGGGCUUCAUGGCGCACCACCUCAACGUGCCCGUGUCCGAGGUCGCCGACCACGGCCCGGGGCUGGCCUUCGUGGCGUACCCGGAGGCGCUUACCCUGCUCCCCAUUUCCCCGCUCUGGUCGCUGCUCUUCUUCUUCAUGCUCAUCCUCCUGGGGCUGGGGACUCAGUUCUGUUUACUGGAGACGCUGGUGACGGCCAUUGUGGACGAGAUCGGCACCGACUGGAUCAUGAGAAAUAAGUCCGUGGUUACGCUGGGUGUGGCUAUUGUCGGCUUCCUCCUGGGAGUGCCGCUAACAACGCAGGCGGGAAUCUACUGGUUGCUGCUGAUGGACAACUACGCUGCCAGCUUCUCCCUGGUCAUCAUCUCCUGCAUCAUGUGUGUGUGCGUCAUGUAUGUUUACGGUCACCAAAACUAUUUCAAAGAUGUUGAGAUGAUGCUGGGCUUUCCUCCCCCGCUGUUCUUCAAAGUCUGCUGGAGGUUCAUCUCCCCCGUCAUUAUCUCAUUCAUCCUGAUCUUCACCGUCAUCCAGUACAAGCCCAUCACUUAUAACGACUACGUGUUCCCCGGCUGGUCCCUGGCCAUCGGCUUCUCCAUGGCUCUGUCCUCGGUGGUCUGCAUACCCGUCUACGCACUCUACAAGAUCUCAAGGUCCCCGGGAGCCACGUUCAGAGAGCGGUUCAAGCACGCGUGCCAGCCACACCCAAAGUGGGGGCCGGCCCUGCGGGAGCACCGCACCGGCCGCUACGCCCCGCCGGCCGCCGGAGACACUGUGGAGGCUCGUCCCCUCAAGGAGAAGGACGAGCUGAAAGAGGAGGAGGGGGAGACGGAGAGGAAGGACGACAUCUGCCUCACCAUCCAGGGAAGCAACGGCUCCACCAACACGCACAACAACCCCAACCCCAGCGCGUAGACGCCGGCGCGCCGCCCCCCGCUACCGGUCGCCAUGCCGCCCACCUCGCCCCCUUCCCCAGCCUUCGGUCCUCGCCCCGCUUUCCCACAGUCCUCUGUGGGGGAGAUCCCUUUUUUUUGCUGGAGACCUUUACAUAUUGUAAGGGCUUAUUAUAUCGAUCCUAACCUCUGCUGUCUAGCUGUGAUAUCUAUAGGCACAACAACAACAAAAAAAACAGGGCACAUAAAAAAAAACAAAAAAAAAAGAAACAAUUGGGUCAUGGUCCAAAUGAUUUGUUUGCGUGUGUGAGUGGGGACUUUUUAAUUUGUCGCACGUCAUUUAAUAAUGUUCUUCCUGUCUCAUCUUCAUGUGGUAGAUCGUGACGCUGUCCCUCCCUGACAUCUUGAAACCGUUUAGUGCGAAAAUAGUCGUAAUUCCACAGCCAAAAAUGGAAUCAAUUAAUUUUUUCACCUCAAAAUUCUACACACAACACCCCGCGUUGACGUGAACAUUUAUUUUUGUUUGUUUUUUGCAAAUUUAUUAAAAUGUAAAAAAUCACUUACACCUACUGUAAGUAUCGCAGCCUUUGCUCAAUGUAAAGGGAAGCAAUUUCUUCCGUAAAAAACAACAACAACAACACUCUCCCUGACCACCUGAGGGUACGACAGACUGUGGAUGCUUUUAAAAAAAAGGCUUAAAAACCCUUCUUUUUAAAAAAGCCUCUCAGAUCAUGAGCAAACACCAUUUUCCGGUACGAUUGGGUGCGAAUGUUCGGAGGAAACCGGCCCCGGUGCCAUCCCCUACAGUGACGCAUGGCAUCAUGAUGCGGGGGAUGGCUUUCCAGCGGGAUAGAGGGAAAGAUGAAUGCAGAGACAUCCUGCGUGAAAAACCAACACGUCUCAUCCAAACGGAAAUCUCCCAAUUAUAAAUAAUAACAAUAAAAUCAAAUCCCCCGAUGAACAGGGAAACCUGCGAAACAGGCUUGUCGGGAUGAAAUAGCCUAUGUGUUCCCCCCCCACUGAAAAACACACCUGUUUCGCAGGUUUCCCUGCUCUUUAGGGGUACUUUAUAAAUAAUAACAAUAAAAUCAAAUCCCCUGAAGAGCAGGGAAACCUGUGAAACAGGCUUGUCGGGAUGAAAUAGCCUCUGUGUUUGUUUCCUGAAAAACACACCUGUUUCGCAGGUUUCCCUGCUCUUCAAUGGGAUUUUAUAAAUAAUAAUAAUAAUAAAAUCAAAUCCCCCGAAGAGCAGGGAAACCUGCAAAACAGGCUUGUCAGGAAACAGCCUUGUCAGGAUUAUCUGUGUUUUUUUGUCCCUGAAAAACACACCUGUUUUGCAGGUUUCCCUGCUCUUCAUGGGGAUUUUACAAAUAACAACAAUAAAAUCAAAUGCCCUGAAGAGCAGGGACAACUGUGAAACAGGCUUGUUGGGAUGAAAUAGCCUCUGUGGGUUUUUCCCCCCUGAAAAACCCACCUGUUUUGCAGGUUUCCCUGUUCUUCAAUGGGAUUUUAUAAAUGGUAACAAUAAAAUCAAAUCCCCUGAAGAGCAGGGGAUUUGAAACAGGCUUGUUGGGAAACAGGCUUGUCGGGAUCAUUAGGUGUGUUUUUCAGGGAGGAAAAACACACCUGAUUCUCAGGUUUCCCUGCUCUUCGUGGGGAUUCUAUAAAUAAAAACAAAAAAUCAAAUCCCCCGAAGAGCAGGGAAACCUUAAAAACACGCUUGUCGAGAUAGAAAAAAAAACGUGUCGUUUUUUUUUUUUUACAUUUCUAAUAUAUUUUCCACAAAAAAUUACACAACAUUUUUUUUUCACAUACGUGGGGUAUUGUGUGUAGAAUUUUGAGGACAAAAAAAAAAGUGCGUGUAUACAUUUGACAGUACAGUGUUUGUUCUCUCCUACGUUCCUUCUUCAAAACUAAACACGGAAGCUGUUUGACUGUGAAAAGUGUCGGGUUUUAACCAGUAAAAAGCUGCUGCUUUGUAAUCACUUUAUCACACAUGUGAAAUAAAAAGAACAACAACAACAACAACAACAAAACAGCCCAUUUCUCAGGGUCCUCGCAUCGCGUGAAACAUAGUUUUUUUGCCUCAUCCCGACCCGAUAAGUCCGAAAAGAGAUGAUACGGUAUUACCGAAAAAAUUCCGGACUAUAAGCCGCUACUUUUUUCUUACUCUAAUUAAUGUUUUUUUCUUCGCUGACGGCCAUAAAGCAAAUAAUUUUCCAAAAAAAACACAUGCAAAGACACUUAAACGGUGUAUUAUUGUCAACCGGGAGCCAUCCAUAACGUUUUUACUCUUCGUUUGUCACUUCGAGCCACGUUUGUACGUUUUUACAAUACAACUAAAACAAUCCCGUCCCACAUGUAAAGUCCGUCGGACUGUUUUCACAAAUAUUUUGAUCGUAAUGGAAUCCAGCUAGCCUCGUUAGCUAAUUUGCCAACACGUUUACAAGUUAGCAUCAUUAAGUUACGACGGCGUUAUUUUUAAACACUUCUGAAAAAAACUCCGAGGCGAUUUCAUCCCUACAAGCCUGUUACACAGGUUUCCCUGCUCUUCAGGGGAUUUUAUUUUCAGGAAAAAACACAGAGGUGAUUUCAUCCCGACAAGCCUGUUUCGCAGGUUUCCCUGCUUUUCAGGGGGAUUUUUUUAAAUAAAUAAAAACA